CGUUUCGUAUUAUAACAUCAGUUUUUACACGGAUUCAUAAGAACUAAGAAAGAUCUGUGACAUCAAGAUGCGGAUAUCUUGGAUUUUUGGGGUGUCAUGCCUCCUCGUUUUUAAUGGCAUAAUCGUUGAUGGGUCAACUUCAACUACGACAUCGCCAACCACCUCUACAGCGGCAACCAUUUCAACUGCAUCAGCUACAGCUGCUACAACUGGAUCGACUGCAGCGGCAACAACCGGAUCAACUGCAGCCGCUACAACCGGAUCAACUGCAACUGCGGCAACUGCUACAACUGGAUCAACUGCAGCUGCUACAACUGGAUCAACUGCAGCCGCUACAACUGGAUCAACUGUAGCCACUACAACUGGAUCAACUGCAGCCGCUACAACCGGAUCAACUGCAGCCGCUACAACCGGAUCAACUGCAACUGCGGCAACUGCUACAACUGGAUCAACUGCAGCUGCUACAACUGGAUCAACUGCAGCCGCUACAACUGGAUCAACUGUAGCCGCUACAACCGGAUCAACUGCGGCCGCUACAACCGGAUCAACUGCAGCUGCUACAACCGGAUCAACGGUAACUGCAGCAACUGCUACAACUGGAUCAACUGCAGCCGCUACAACUGGAUCGACUGCAACUGCAGCAACUGCUACAACUGGAUCAACUGCAGCUGCUACAACUGGAUCGACUGCAACUGCAGCAACUGCUACAACUGGAUCAACUGCAGCCGCUACAACCGGAUCAACUGCAACUGCAGCAACUGCUACAACUGGAUCAACUGUAGCCGCUACAACUGGAUCAACUGCAGCCGCUACAACCGGAUCGACUGCAACUGCAGCAACUGCUACAACUGGAUCAACUGCAGCCGCUACAACUGGAUCAACUGUAGCCGCUACAACUGGAUCAACUGCGGCCGCUACAACCGGAUCAACUGCAGCCGCUACAACCGGAUCAACUGCAACUGCAGCAACUGCUACAACUGGAUCAACUGCAGCCGCUACAACUGGAUCAACUGCAGCCGCUACAACUGGAUCAACUGCAGCCGCUACAACCGGAUCAACUGCAACUGCAGCAACUGCUACAACUGGAUCAACUGCAGCCGCUACAACUGGAUCAACUGCAGCCGAUACAACUGGAUCAACUGUAACUGCGGCAACUGCUACAACUGGAUCAACUGCAGCCGCUACAACUGGAUCAACUGCAGCCGCUACAACCGGAUCAACUGCAACUGCAGCAACUGCUACAACUGGAUCAACUGCAGCCGCUACAACUGGAUCAACUGCAGCCGCUACAACUGGAUCAACUGCAGCCGCUACAACUGGAUCAACUGCAGCCGCUACAACCGGAUCAACUGUAACUGCGGCAACUGUUACAACUGGAUCGACUGCAGCCGCUACAACCGGAUCAACUGUAACUGCGGCAACUGUUACAACUGGAUCGACUGCAGCCGCUACAACUGGAUCGACUCUAGCGGCUACAACUGGAUCAACUGCAGCCGCUACAACUGGAUCAACUGCAGCCGCUACAACCGGAUCAACUGCAACUGCGGCAACUGCUACAACUGGAUCAACUCUGUCACGACACCCACGUCUGGAGUGGCUAUUACAACUGGAGUAA